UACAGCUGGAUGCUUAGCCACCCACUGCACCUGAGCAGAGAGCUGGAACUUAAUUAGCUGAUCCUUAUAGAAGAGAGCAGCAGCAGAUGGAGGGGUAAGACUGCAACACCUUCCAGAAAGCUGAGGGGCUGUGCUCCCAAUAGACUGCUACUGGAGCCACUGCAAAAAGGAAGUGAUCCAGAAACCAAAUGGAUAGAAGGGAAACUGUGUGAAAUGCUUGAUUACUGAGUCUCUGAGAAAACUAUGAUGCCCUCACAUCACCCAGAUUGCAAGAGACUGGACAUAAAUUAUUAAUGUAAAGAAAUGUCAGACUGGAUUAUGGCAUCCAACUCUUGAGGAUGCUGCAUUAGCAAGAUUCGAUGGCUUUUAUCUAUAUCCAGAUCAUGAUGAAGCUCACAUUCCUCCAUAGUUUGACCAUUUGGAACUUGGUUUUACUUUCAUUAACACAGGUGUAAUUCCAAUGACUUCAGUGAAAUUACUCCUGAUCCUCAGCAGUGUGAGGCACAAGGUGGAGGAGAGACAGGACAGAACAGGUUGGGAGAAAUAUGGCUUUGGUGGUGACCUUGGAACACUGGACAGCAGGUUUUUAUUUUUUAGUCAUUUCAUUUUGGAUUUUCACAACAUGAAACAGCUCAGUGGGAUAUCAGCAGAAGGUCUAGACGGAUUACAUCUUUUCCAUGACCAGAGAGAGCAGCUACAGCAAACGUGACACAUGGAACACUCUUCUCAAUCAGAGAUGCCAGAUUUCAGAAGGCAAUUUUAUAUUUAGUGUUCAUAUUUGAAAAAAUGGGCAGAUAAUCUAAUAGCAGUAGUAUGAUGUCUCAAAGACUGUGGCUGUUCCCUCAGCCAUGCCAGCUUGUGAGCCCAAGACUAACGGGCACCAUCCAGCUCCACGACUCUCUGUUUCUUCCCGGACCUCUGUGGUCGCCACCAUGGAAACCACCUCCCAGGGCUCGCAGACAGUCAUGAAGUGGAAAACAGUGGUGGCCAUCUUCGUUGUGGUUGUAGCUUACCUGGUAACUGGAGGUCUUGUCUUCCGUGCCCUGGAGCAGCCUUUUGAAAGCAGCCAGAAAAAUACAAUAGCCUCAGAGAAGGCAGAUUUCCUUCGGGAGCAUGUUUGUGUGACCCCAAUGGAGCUGGAGACUCUGAUUCAGCAUGCCAUUGAUGCAGAUAACGCAGGAGUCAGUCCCAUAGGAAACUCUUCUAACAACAGCAGUCACUGGGACCUUGGAAGUGCCUUUUUCUUUGCUGGAACAGUCAUCACAACCAUAGGGUAUGGGAACAUCGCCCCAAGCACUGAAGGAGGCAAAAUUUUCUGCAUUUUGUAUGCCAUCUUUGGGAUUCCACUCUUUGGCUUCUUGCUGGCUGGAAUUGGAGAUCAACUAGGAACCAUCUUUGGGAAAAGUAUCACAAGAGUGGAGAAAGUUUUCCGAAAAAAACAAGUGAGUCAGACAAAGAUCCGGGUAAUCUCCACUAUCCUCUUCAUCCUGGCAGGGUGCAUUGUCUUUGUGACCAUCCCUGCAGUCAUUUUCAAACAGAUUGAAGGAUGGACAGCCUUGGAGUCCAUUUACUUUGUGGUCAUCACUCUGACCACGGUUGGCUUUGGCGAUUUUGUAGCAGGGGGAAAUACUGAUAUCCAUUAUCGGGAGUGGUACAAGCCCUUAGUCUGGUUUUGGAUCCUCGUCGGCCUUGCCUACUUUGCUGCUGUCCUGAGUAUGAUUGGAGACUGGCUAAGAGUUCUAUCCAAGAAGACAAAAGAGGAGGUUGGUGAAAUAAAAGCCCACGCGGCUGAGUGGAAAGCCAACGUGACUGCUGAGUUCAGGGAAACCCGGAGGCGGCUCAGCGUGGAGAUCCAUGACAAGCUUCAGAGGGCAGCCACCAUUCGGAGCAUGGAACGUAGGCGUUUAGGGCUGGACCAGAGGGCCCACUCACUGGAUAUGCUCUCUCCGGAGAAGCGCUCUGUCUUCGCUGCCUUGGAGACAGGACGCUUCAAGGCCUCAUCUCAGGAAAGUAUCAACAACAGACCUAACAACCUGCGCCUUAAAGGGACAGAACAGCUCAACAAGCAUGGGCAGGGGUCAUCUGAGGACAACAUCAUCAACAAGUUUGGCUCCUCGUCCAAGCUGACCAAAAGGAAAAACAAAGACCUGAAAAAGUGCAUCCCCGAGGAUGUGCGGAAAAUUUAUGAGACCUUCCGACACCUCUCCUUGGAUGAAGAGAAGAAGGAAGAGGAGACUGAGAAGAUGUGUAACUCAGAGAACUCUUCUAGCACAGCUAUCCUGACUAACUGUAUUCAGCAACACUUGGACCUGGAAAAUGGAACCAUCCCCACUGAAACCAAAGAAAGGGAACAUGAAAACAAAACGUUACUUGAAGACAGAAAUUAAAUGUAAAAGAUGCUUGACUUUAAUUAACUUAUGUUAGUGUUUUUAUAUACAUACAUAUAUAUAUAUUGAGACACGUGCCUUAUACAGACUCCUUAUUCAGUCUGAAUUACAUAGCAUUGAAGAAUAUUUCACUGUGCCAUAAUGACUGAAGCUUGCUCUGCCAAAAUGAAUCAGAAACACAGCACUGGAGAAUGGCAACAGAAAGCAACACAUGGGGAACUUCAGCCUGUGUAAGAUUACAGUGGCAAAAUGCAAAGGGAGAAACUUGCCAUGGCAAUACAACUGGAGUGCUACCACCAUGGCAUAAUGUUUGCAAAGGACAGCUAUGUUAGAAGAACCUGUGGGAGGGUGAAAAAAGAGGCGAGAACUUUGUGUCUUUUAAAUUGAUCAUGGCUUCACUGAGCCUCCCACUGGCGAUUGAAAAGAGGAGAAAUGAUUGGGAUGAACUAGCAACUUUCAAUAAGGCUGAGUUUACAUUUUGGCACGUGAUCCAAGCUAGAUUUUUUUUCAUUUUUAAAAACAGAUGCAUUAUCUUUCUUAACUCCAAAAGCAUGUCCCUGGACUUGGAAUCCAGUUGGACAUUGGUUGUGAAAUCAAGGCAGACAUAUUGAAGGAUGUGAUUGCUUUUUUCAUUUAAAAAAAAAUACAAAAAAAAAUUGUUUUCCUUUCCCUCAGAGGAAAUAUCUGAUAUAAACUCGCAAAUACUGAAUAAAAAGCAAGUUCAAACACUACAUGGUUUAAAAGAGGGGGAAAAAGAUAUAUAUAAUGUUUUGCUUGAUGCAUCAAAUAGUGGGCCAAUUUUUUAACAAUUUUCUUGUUCACACUUUAUAUCACUGAAGAAAGUUCAGUUUUAAUGCUGUAAUACUACAGAGACAGAAAGAAAGCGAUAGCCUUUGCAUGAUGUCAGCAACUGGCUGUUCUCUGUAGCCGAAUUGGAAUUUUAAAGAAUAGACUUAAGAGCAUUUACAAUACUAAAAUGAGGACCAGAGCACCCUUAGAAUCUCAGGGCUGUAUGUCCCUUUUGGCGGGUUAGGGUUUAGACAGGAGCUGGUCAUACCCUCCAAAAAUAAACAAAAAACCCU